CGCGGUAAAAGAACGUGUAUUAAGUUAUAAAGAACCGAGUCCGUGCUUCAUAAUUGUGUUCGAAAUUCUUAAGGAGAAACUUGUGUAUUUGUGACGUUUUUUGGUUAUUUAUCAACGAACGCCAUAAAGCCUUUGAAAUAUGAAUAUAAUAUGGUACGGCGUAGCAAUCCUGGUUUUAUUGGAAAAAGGCGUCAAUGGACAUGGAAGGCUAAUUGAACCUCCAUCUCGGGCAACAGCUUGGCGUUAUGGAUUCGACACACCACACAACUAUAAUGACCACGAGUUAUAUUGUGGAGGGUUUACCAGACAGUGGAAUAAGAAUGGAGGCAAAUGUGGUGUCUGCGGGGACGCCUGGGACGUCCCUAAGCCUCGCCCCCACGAAUUAGGAGGCAGAUUUGGCAAAGGUGUUAUCGUCCGUCGUUAUGCUCCAAAAGACACAAUAGUUAUCAAAGUGGAAUUGACAGCCAAUCAUAAUGGAUUCUUUGAAUUUAGAGUGUGUGACGAUCCAAAAGCAACAGAUCAAGACUGCAUGGAUAAAUCAAUUCUUCAUUUAGCAGGAAAAGCUGAAACGAAAUACUAUCCUCGCGAAGGUAACAGGAUUUAUGAGAUGAAAUAUCAGCUUCCUGAUAAUAUGGAAUGCACACAUUGUGUAUUGCAAUGGAAAUAUAUCGCUGGUAACAAUUGGGGAACUUGCGCUAAUGGAACAGGUGCAGUUGGCUGCGGGCCACAAGAGGAAUUUAGGGCUUGUGCGGAUAUAGCUGUAGGGGACCGCUUUACCACUACAACCAGAAGACCUAGGCCAGCAUACGUUCCACCCAGCAGGAAACCUCCAGUGCCAAUUCCAGAAGAAUCUACUGGAAGUGCAUGGUACGGCAUCCUUAUUGCCUUGCUCACUCUGUUCAUCGCAAUUUCUGCGAUGGCGGGAAUAUACCUGUACUAUUACAGAGGAGGUAUAAAUAUAAAAAGUCUCUUAAAAUCCAAGGUGCCCAAACCUGCACCAGUUCCUCCGCCAAGACAUAAAAGAGCGUCUCUCUCCAGAGAAACUCCUCCAGAAAUCUCCGCACCAAAAAUUAUAUCAGAAUCUGGCUUCGAAACAGUAGAUCUAAGAUCGAAAUAAUUUAAGUGAGGCUGAUUUGAAACUGCCACUGCCGAUUUUAGUCAUAAAUAGAUUUACGAUAGAUGUAGAAUAAAUAAAUCUCAAUGCGUGAUUGAUUGUGCUGUGUAUUGGAUCAGAAAUUUUUGAACCGCAAAAAAAAUAUAUUUAUUGAUGUUACGCACUUUAAGUUAUUUAUUAUUAUUUUUUGACUUCGUAUAACAAUAUAUUUAAUGAGUAAUAUGAAUAUAUUGAAAUUAAUAAUAUAAAUGCAUUGUCCUUAAUCAAAAGUGGUUCGAAAAUCUGUCAAUAA